AUGGGGAUAGAGUUAGAAUCAUGGAAGAUGUAUUUUGAUGGAGCAACUAAUCAAAGUGGAAAUGACAUUGGAGUUCUCUUAAUCUAUCCAAAAGGGACACAUAUCCCAUUCUCUGGUAGGCUCAACUUUCUUGCCACUAAUAAUGCCACUGAAUAUGAGGAUUGCAUUAUGGGGUUACAAGCGGCUCUAAGCCUUGAAGUAAAAGAGUUGGAAGUAUAUGAUGCUUUAGCAACAAUGGCAUCCAUGAUGGAUGGACCUAAGGAGGAUGAAGCUCAACCAAUAGUGAUGAAACAAAAAGAAGAGUCGGCUUUUUGCAUGUCAAUAGAAGAAGAUAAGGGAAUGAAUGAAGAAGGUGAAUGGUAUUCAGAAAUUCUACAAUACCUCAAGGAUGGGACAUACCCAAAGUCUGCAAACAAGAAUGACCAAUUGAGCAUCAGAAGGUUAUCCACUAAUUAUAUUAUUUGUGGGGAGAGGCUUUACAGAAGAUCAUAUGACGAAAUUCAUCUCCUUUGUGUGACUGCCAAGGAAGCACAGCAAAUAAUUGAAGAGGAGUUAAGUUAUGGGCCAUAUAUGAAUGCACACAUGCUGUCAUGGAAAAUAAUAAGGCAAGGUUAUUACUAG